GUGCCAAGUACAAAGUACACCCCAUCGCACACCGCCCAAUUCUGCCGGACAUUUUCCCAGACAUGUCCCCCCACCGCCAUCACUUUUUGCGCUCUCCAAACACCACCGCACGGUCGUCAUCGCAUCGUCGCCUCUUUUUUUCCCGUUCUCGCACUUCUCCCCACCUCCCGCGGCCGCGCAAUCACUCUGCACGUUCUCCAUCCAGGUCAAGCAAACAGCAGCAACGAACCACCCAGGCUCGGGCUACGCGCAGCAUCAGCAAAACCAUGCCCCGCGAAGAGUACCAGGUCCCCACGGGCGCCGGCGCAGGAGCUGCCUCGGGCGCCCGCGGCGCCACGCACGACACGCACGCCUCCGCCGCGGGCGGCGCUGGCUCCCGCUCGGCCAUGACGUAUCUGUGCGGCGACUGCGGCGGCAGCGUGACGCUCAGCAAGGACGCGCUGGUGGCGUGCCCGCACUGCGCGGGCCGCGUGCUGUACAAGGAGCGCACGAAGCGAAUGGUGCAGUUUGAGGCGCGAUAGAGGAAAGGCAAAGACGACGGUGCGGAAUGAGAUACGGGCAGACAACGAGCAAAGUUCAAUAAGGCGAUGCGGUCGAGGAUGUGGCGAUUCCGAUGACAGACGGGGGGGGGGGGGGGGGGGGCCGG